CCAUGUAGUCGAUCCUCUCGCCAAGGUGCAGACGUUCAUCUACAAGAACCCAGGGAAAGAUUCAUAUAUCGCACGAGUUACACAACCAACGACUUUCGUUCACUCCAUAUGCGACCUGCCUGGACACUUCACUCCACACUUUGUACGCCCGUUACUUGUUCCCUAUUACCAGACGCAAAAGAAGAAAGAUUCGCCGAUGGCUUCAAGACUCGAUGGACGGAGUGAUACUCCCGUCAUUACGCGAAGGAGAGCGAUCAUGGCUUGUCAAAGAUGUCGAGCCAGGCGCGUGAAAUGCGAUCGGGCCCAACCCGCAUGUUCCAACUGCGUCAAGGUCGGCGCCCUAUGCCAGCCUACUCAAAACAGCGGCCGAUCAAAUUCAUCAGAGCAAUCUCGAGUCGGUAGCCGAGAACCGGUGGAGCAAAAUCGACUUUCUAAGCUCGAAGAACAAGUCGCUCGAUUAUCGCGCGAAGUCGAUAGUCGUUCCCCCUCUCGUGAGCCAUCGCUCUCGCCGCCGCCACCGCAAUACGCCGAGGACCACCCAUAUCUUGUCCAAGGCAAAAUUGUAAAAGGUGGUCGAGCCUCAGCCUACAUCAGUCCAUAUUCAUGGGCGGCCGCUGCAGAAGAGGUCAUCGACAUUGAUUCAAUCAUUGGAGGAGGAGCUAGCGAGGAAGCGCAACGAUUUGGCGCCCCUGAUGAAGCGAUAUCCCUAAUCGAUGACCGAUUACAUGACCUGCUUCUCAGCGUAUUCAGCCAGCGAGUGGACCCGCUGGUACAUGUCUUACACUGGCCGUCUUUCCUGGAAAGAUGUCAUGAAUACCGCCAGCGCUCAUCUGCUCGCACCUCCCCAGCGGCUACAACUGUGCCCAACUACCCGAGCGCCUACCCCCCCGGUGCUUCCUACAACUCACCUGCGGCUAUACAGUUUGCUAAUCCCGCAACUAUACCUUCAAGCACUACGUCUUUACAAUCCACUCGACCAAUUUCGCCCUCUGACGACACUUUUCUCACGCUUCUUUACUCAGUCUACUAUGCUUCUCUGGUAUCGAUAGUACAUAGCCCAAACCCACCCAAUCUCGACCAAAAUAACAGCCCUAUCGCAUUAUUCACGGCUAUCAAACGCGAGAUUUCCACGAGAAUGAGCAGAUUGGAGAACCAGAUUUCCCGGUCAGAUUCUAUUGGCAUGCUACAGGCCAUGAUUCUCUAUAUUUCAGUUGAGCUAGGUACUAGCGACCCUCAAUUGCAAUGGUUACAGCUCGGAACAGCAGUCCGCAUGGCCCAAUCAGCAGGACUCCACCGUGAUCCAUCCGGAUUUGGCUUUGGGCCAAUAGAGAUGGAAUCUCGUCGAAGGCUGUGGGCACAAAUCUGUAUCAUUGACACUCGACUUGCAGACCAACUCUGUCGAGAGCCAACGAUAGCACCGGACUCAUAUGACACAAUUCUUCCUCUAAGUAUUUGCGAUCAGGAACUCACUGAAAUCGAAAGACAAAUGAGCGCUAUGGAGCCAGGACAGAUGGGCAACGUGCGGGGCCUUGAUAUCAUAGAAGGAGAGCAACAGGACAUCUCACCAAUUUCUACAUCUUCAUUGAUGCUGAUCGAAUCUGAGAUGGCACGUCAGCAGCAACAAGCACUUGUUUUUCGUUAUCAGCCUCGGGAUCGCCCUGUAUCCGCCGUUUCCAGUUCGCCCCAGCUCUUGAGGAGAGCUACCCCUUUUUCUGGACGACCAGGUAGGACAUCGUGGGCAGAUGUUUUGAAGGAGCGAUACCACUCAAGGUACCAAUGGGAGCAUCUCAACAGUUCCGACCCUAUCCAUUACCUCAUUUCCGAGACGUGUCAGAUCAAUGUAAUGAAAGCAACAUUCAUCAAUCGCUUGGCACAGCGCAAAGAAACUUCCGGGCCGACAUCCACACCCAGUGGGCAUUCCGAAGCGCUUAGCAUCUUUCACGACGCACAUCUUCUAGCUGCCCGAUGCGCCAAUUUGUCUCAACAAUAUCUCAAUUCUCCAUAUUAUUGGUAUGUCCGACGAAUCAGGGACGCUAGCUCUUGCUCGUUUCUAGCACUGGUAUUAGCUUCCGAGCUACCGAUCAGUCACGAAGCUUCGCACGCUGCAUGGACAGUCCUUGAUCAACUGUUCCCUUCCGAAACCGACGAUUCUGAGAUACAAUCUGGCGUUCUUGGGAAAGUUUUGGCCAAAGCUAGAGCCAAAAGAGUGAUGCAUGAGCAGCCUUCUAUUCCACAGCAAUAUCGAGAACACGCUAUCAACGUUGGGGGUACAGGAUAUCCGAUGAACAUGGCACAAUUCCCACAAAAUACUUUCCAAACACCGACCAACAUCUACGAAGAUUGGGACACACUCAUGCAGGAACCUGUAUGGUCUGGCGGAGUCUCUACAAACGACCAGAAUUAUUGGCCCAGCCAGGCAACGUCCGCCUCAACCGCUAUCCCCCACAAUCCUUCCAGACUUCAGUCUCGCCCAUCUAAGCAAGGUGCAACGUACCCACCGCCAUCUAUACCUCUUCGAUCGAACGUCCCGACCCAGUACGGCCUAGCUCAACAACUUCCAUUGCCGUCGACAUUUAAUGUCUCUGAGCUUGUUCCCUCAUGCAAGGCCCCCUAUGUAGACGCAGCAGUUCCACCUUCGCAUUGGAGCCCUGGGUCUCAGUCACACGUUCGCGCAUUUUCUGCAGAGGAGAGCCAUGCACAAAUGCAGCUGGGUGCUCAGCUUACACCUCCGAGUAGUUGGCCCAGGCCAUUGGGCUCUCUGCAAGUGCCCCACAAUCACGCACGAGAGAGAUCAGCAUCGCAACCGCCUACCGCCCGCUACCCGCGGAAAACCCUAGAAGGGAUGUCAAAGAGGAGGCUGACAUCCGACUCAGACGAGCGUCCUCCAGUAUAUGAGCGUACACCAAACUAA